GUUUGAUGAACGAACACAACACGGCUGUUCUAGGCAAAAUGCGGCAGAGAUCCUGAAUUUUUUCCUCUGUCCACGUGGUGUACCGUAACAGUUACGCCUGAUUGCAUCGGCGCUGAACGCGAACGCACUUGUCGCAUGCGUCAUGUGUCACAGCUGACGUUGUCCGACUCGCUCCGGCGCGAUGACGGCGGAGACGGGGCAGCCGCUAGUCGAUCUAUUGGUUGAUUCUCCCGCGAGGACAACGCUGCCUCUUAUUCUCUGCAGUUAAUGCGACGAAUUGGCCUCCACAUGAUCGUUCUUCUUCCUCGAACGCUAUCGGUCGCGCCCGUGCCGCGCGAUUGGGGAACAAUGCGCCCCUGUGAUUCGUGUUGAAUUCGUUCGGAUGUCCACCGGGCCGCGACCGCAAGCACCGGAACUGCUACGGAGGACCAUGGCGUGCACCAGGCGACUGCUGGCGGUCCUCUUGCUUUUCGUCCUCGUGUUUUUGUACGUGGCAACUAUCGGUGACGAACCGCCCCGCCAAGAACAAAUGUGGCCCGUCGACGACCCGACGGGCGACUCCGUCGUGCCCAACGACGAACACCGCCACCUCAUGUAUUUCGUUCAGGUCAGUGACACACAUCUGAGCGGCUCAGUACCUCAACGUGCAGUGCAUUUGAAGGAGUUCAUUGCUGAAACCAUUAUGAAAAUAAUCAAGCCUCCUAUUGUAGUGAUGACGGGUGAUAUCGUAGACUCGCUGGGUGCCCGAUUCUUGGACUCUGGUCAAAUGCGUGAGGAAUGGCAACAGUAUUGGCGGGCCAUCUACGAAACUGGUGUUACACGCAAACAUAUCUGGUUAGAUAUUCGAGGAAAUCACGAUAAUUUGAAUCUUGCCUCUGUGGAGGACGAGCAUAACUUUUACAGGGUUUACUCUGUGCAAGGGCGGCAACACUUGCAUUCGUAUUCGUACACGCACCGUGACGGUGAUGAUCGCUACACGUUCAUUGGCAUCGAUACCUGCACUGACCCCGGUGUCAAGCGACCAUUCAACUUCAUCGGCUCUCUACCCCAGGCUGAGCUGAGCAGUUUACAACGAAUUCGGGAGGAGACACGAGAUAGCAACUUUACCAUCUGGUUUGGUCACCAUCCGACGCGCAGCGUGGCUUCUGACGAAAUCCACGAGUUGCUCAGGCUUGGUGGCCCAUACCUGUGCGGCCACUACCACAGUCUCCUGGGUUUCUUCCGGGGCAUGUAUGCACUGCAGCCAUCGGGGUUUCUUGAGCUCGAGCUGGCCGAUUGGAAGAGUGGCCGCCUGUUCCGGGUUGCAGCAGUGGACCAUGGUCUGUUCAGUUUUGUGGAUGUGCAUUUUCGCGAGUGGCCCAUAAUACUGGUCACGAAUCCAAAAAGUGCAGUGAUGGCCAUGCCUGGUGUGGAGCCCUUGCGGCGCAUCACCCAUUCCACGCAUGUCAGGGCCCUGGUGUUCUCGCCCACGUCGGUGUCGGAGGUGCGCUGCAGUGUGGAUGAUGGCCCCUGGCAGCCCCUGAAGCGGGUCGCCCAGGGUCCCCUCUGGGUUGCUCCCUGGGACACCAAGGAGCUCUCGCCAGGGCUGCACACCCUCAUUGUGCAGGCCAUGACUCAUGAAGGACUCUGGUCGGAUGCGCAUGUUGUGACCUUCUCAGUGGAUGGCACCCUGCCACCUCACAGCGUGGCUAUGCGAAUCCUUCUUCAGGGUGGCAUAAGAGCGCUGCGGAUUCUGUUCAUCCUGAUUAUCCUGGCAUGUGUGCUGCCGCUGUGUUGGAUCAAGGCUGUCCAGACGUCGUCAUGGUUGGGUCCCCCUGACCUGAGUCCAGGCCGCUGUCUGGGCUGUGGCUGCUUGACUCGAUGCCUUCACCUGCUGGUCUCGGUGGAUGUGUUGUUCUGGCCAUUGGUUGCCCUCCCUCUCUACUUAGCCAUUGGACCCUGGUUCGUAGGUGAGAUGGUCGAGGGCCACUUGGGUGCCUGCUUUGUCUGGGGCAUUGUUGUCUAUGGCACAUUCCUGCCCGGCGGGCUCUCCUACUUCUAUGGCAUGGUUUUUAUUGCAAUGUGCUACGUGCCGCUGGUGUGCUGCCUGGGCUGCACGUUGUGGCGGCGACGCCAGGCACUGCGCGCCGGCACUGCAAAUCCAGCGGUGAGUGCUUUGCCCCUGGCAGCCGUGCUGGCACUCCAGUGCCUCUGGGCAGCCCUAUUUGUCCUCGCCUAUGGCUACCUGGCACUGAUCUUCGGCUUCCUACUCGUCGGCGCGCCGGUCGUCUCUGUUGUCAGCUGGCAGCGGGCGCGUACGCUACCCUACCACAGGCUCGAGAAGUUCGAGCGGUUUGUGGGCGGUGGCGCGGCCAACGAUGGCACGGCCACCAGCAAAGCCGGUUCCAGCUGACUGGCACUCACUUCCAUUCCUUUUUCGUCGUAGCGUUACUUUUCCAAUUUUACCGGUUGCUAAAUCCUCUUCAUAAAUAUGACGUUGUGAUCUCUAGUCAUUUCUUAUUAGAUUAGACUGUGCAACCCAGCAGGCUUGAGCCUUUGACAAAGCCUCUAGUUAACCCUUUCUUUAUCGUAGAAAAUAAGUAUAGUUGCACCAAAUUUAUCAGAAAUGUAAUAUGCUGGUGACAAUUUUUCUAGUGCAAGAACUUGAUCAGGCCCGUAAUGCAGAGCAAGGCUUCUGCAGAAGUGUUAUUACUGCAAAUCACAGAUUAAUGUCCCUUUUUGCAGUUCCUAAGUAUAACAGACAUAGGGGAAUCUCAAUAAUUUGUAAUUUCUUUUUUUAUAAUACAGCAAAACCUUGGUGAUAUGAUCACGGCUUCCACGAAAUUUCAUAGGUGGUACAAAUUUUUCUGUGGUCUCGGCCAAGACCCAUUGACCUGCAUUGUAACGUAGUACAGUUGUUGCAAGCCAAUUUCACUGCAGUGGUGCCUGAUAUGAAUGUGUCACUACUGCAGAGGUACGAACAGGUGCUGUCCACACUGUCACAGAUUUCUUUUUUUUUAACUGCAUGGCUGGUCCUAGAAUAGCUGUAUUUAUUUAUUUGAAUAGCAAAAAACUUCCUGCACGUGCGAGCAGUGAAGACUGCUUGGGGGAUUUUCCUAUAUUAUUUGUUGUCAAUACUAAACAACCUUAACCUAUAAAAAAAAAUGUAGCAUUAUGUCCUCUGGCAUCACUCGAUCUCCAAUUUUUAAUAUAACAUGACAGUUCACUUAAAAAGGCUUAAAAUUGAGCUUCCUAACGAAUAAAUUUGAAAAAAAAAAACGAAAACACACAAGAGAGAGGCAUAUUAUUUUCUUGACUAAGCAGGUUGAAUAGUCAUGUUCUUAGUCAAGGCUUGUGUGAAUAUUCGAGCACCUUGAAUAUUCAAAUGAAUAUUACAGUACUUGAACUCACUUCAUUCCGAUCUUAAAUUAUUUGAAUCUUUGAACUGUGGCAUAGGCAGGGGAUGGCACACCGAGCCCAUGCCCCCUCUCUAUCUCUGAAAUUUUUUUUCACCUUGGCAUACCGAGUGAAAUAUGGCCAUUUCUGCAGCCCCCCCCCUUCCCCCCAAGAAAUUUCUGCCUUCGUCCCUGAUUUUGAAGUACUUGAAAUGAAGUGUGUAUUAGUCAGCAUCCAGUCAGUUUGUCAAAGAAAUUUAUUUAGUCCCGAGAAGACGAGAGUGCCCCCUUCAGGCGGCACCGUCUGCGGGCCGCACCCACGAUGGUGCCGCAAGGUUCAAGCCCUAACGUUAUGUAAAGGUGGUUUCGCUGCAGUGGAGGGAUGCUGUACCAUAAAUACACCUGCAAGAAAAAUUCACUUGCUGUGAAGCCCCACUUCGAGGCUAAAUGAGCGUAUUACCCUGACAUCGAUUCAUCAUUUUUUAACUUUAGAAGCUUGUUAUACUGGCUUAUAUACACGUGCACAUGACAGGCCCAAACUCUGAGAGCAUGCGAGCGGCAUUGUUUUGUGGGCAGCGUUAUUUUGUGGUCUACUGCCUGUGUCUUCGGCAUAUAGUCUGCGGGAUGAUUUGGAAACGCUGGCUUAGACGCUGUAGUAUAGAUGAGUGCGCGAACGCAUAAGAUUAUUACUUCGGCUUCCACUGCUGUUGUCUGCUCAAUGUGCUGACCACAGGGACACAAACGCAUGCGAAACGCCGGCACAUUAGCCCCACAUCUCGUUGCAACUUACAGGGAAAAAACGGAAAAAGGACGGGCACAUUCUCUUAUUGCGUGUCAAUAUUUAUUUCAAGUUUUAUUAAUCUCUUCAAACAAAAAUUACACAAACUAUGCAUGUCGUGUUAAAUAAUUUUCGCCAUGUCAUGUGCCACUGUUGGCAACGUCAGAGCGUUGUUGUCUACGUAGAGGACCAAUGUCACUGCACUGCUGUGUACAUAGGGCAAUUCAUAUGUGCACAUCAUGCCCUCAUUCUCUAGGCGCAUGCCCGCGAAAGAAAGGGGCAGCAGCGUUCAUUUUAAAAUUUGACCCAUUUCUGCAAUGCGUAGCGUUGCGAAUUUCGGCAGACAUGAUCGCGAACGCCACGUCUACGCAUUGCACUUGUCAGCUCAAAAUUAUCAAACCUGGUGAGUGGCCCUUCUUGUGAGCAUUUUGUUUCACAAAUCGAUGGCGUCUGCCUCUAGUGACAUCACCAGGUAUACCGAUCAAUGUGGCGAUGAAUUGAAUUGCCUAAAAUGCCUGAUGAGAAGCAAAGGAUUGCUUUUUAAAUUUAUUUUCGUGGUUAUUCCACUGCACCUGGCACUGCCACAUUUGGCAUAGAUGACAGGGAUGACAUUCUCGACUCGAUGCACCUGUUUACAUAAAUUGCAUUAUAAAAAAUUGGGUAUAGUUAAGUAAGAACAGUAAAAGUACAGCCUUGCUCAAAUACUUGGUUUUUGUG